AUGGAGGAAGCAAGCUUCGCACACAGUGGAGAUAUCUUCUCUCUCACCGACAAGUCCGGAUACCAGAUUCCGUACUACAUCAAGACAGUAGGAACAGGCGGAGAAAACGUCGGGCACCGUCGCCGGAUGCCACGAUCGUACUCCACACACUCCAUGCUGCACGAAACCAACCGCAGCCACGUAUACAUCACUGGAAGCGCCCGAGAGCAUAUCCCGUUUGUGACUAAGAGCGUACACAUGCGGGAGUGUCUGGCCGAGUUUCCUGGUACUCUCGUGUUCCUCUGCUUUGGUAUCGGGGUCAACAACCAAGUAAAUCUCUCGGACGGCGCCAACGGCACGUGGCUCAGUGUCAACAUUUGCUGGGGCAUUGGCGUUCUCGUCGGUGUCUACGUCGCUGAAGGCAUCAGCGGUGCGCACCUGAACACCGCCGUCACGUUCACACACGCAGUGUUUGGACGUCUUCCAUGGUGGAAAGUGCCAGGCUACGCAGUAGCCCAAACGAUGGGCGCGUUCUGUGCCUCUGCUCUUGUCUACGCAACUUCUGAAACAUUGGGAACUGCAUUGCUACUCAUGGCCAUCUACGCCAUCACCGACGAGCGUAACCGAGGUGCAGGCCCCGUGGGAACUCCGUUUGCAUUUGCCAUGCUGUUCAUGGCCCUCGGCAUGGCAUUGGGAAUGAAUACCGGUUACGCUUUGAACCCAGCACGUGACUUUGGUCCUCGUUUGUUCACUCUACUAGCUGGCUACGGCCCCAAGGUGUUUUCUUCCAACGCCCACUACUUCUGGGUCCCUAUCAUUGGUCCUCUUCUCGGAGGCGUUAUGGGCGCUGGAGCGUAUUUCUUUAUUGUGCAAUUGCAAGAGGACACUGACGAGGAAGAGAGUGUGUAG